GUUUACCCUCUCAUUCAGCACGGAUUUAGUUGAGUUCUCGUUCUCUCUAGCCUUUUGUUUGUUUAUUUCUCAAACCAAAUCGUUCCUUUUUUUUAUUUUUUUAUUUGCAACUCUCCAGCUGAGCGUGCAACCUUCAGGUGCGCGGACGAGGAGCACUUUUGGAAAACUUUUUUUUUUUUUUUUUUUUUUUGGGUGCACCUCCAACCUGAGUUGAGCUUCCUGCCUUUGCACGCCUCCACGUCUCUCUGUCCAUCAUGGAUUUAGUUUGGAUCGUGGGCUUCGUUGUGAGCGUGUGCGCCCGGUUCGCUUCAGCGGAGCGACACAGCGUCUACUGGAACAGCACGAACCCAAAGUUCGAAAAGGACAACUACGCCGUGGAGGUGAAGCUCAACGACUACCUGGACAUCGUCUGUCCCCAUUACCCUCAGGGUGAGGCGCCGCAACUGGAUCCAGAGCGCUAUGUACUCUACAUGGUGGAGCGUGAAGACUACGAUUCCUGCAAGGCCCAGUCAUAUGACCAGAUGCGCUGGGAGUGCAGUCAUCCGUUUGCCCCUCACGCUCCGGAGAAGUUCUCUGAAAAGUUCCAGCGUUUUACUCCGUUUACUUUUGGGAAGGAGUUUCGUCAAGGAGAAAGCUACUACUACAUCUCCAAACCUUUGCACCACCACGGCCAAGAGUGUCUCAGGCUCCGCGUGGACGUCAUCGCAGCCGACGGCUCUCAAGCGGCCCGAGUGGCUAACGGAGGCAAGGGUGGGGCUGGAGUUGGAGCAGGGGGCGGUGUUCACAACCCCUCCAACAGACCGCCUGCAGCAGACGACCCGGUGGUUAUCCUGCCAAACGUUCAGAAGAGCAUACGGACAAACUCCGCAGCGUCGUCUACGUCGCUCUCGUUCUUCUGUUUGCUAGCCCCAUUACUGCUUUUGUUGCACUGAGAGGACUUUUUUUUUCUUGUCCAGGGACUACAAUGAAGACAGUCUGUGGAGUUGGAAAACACUGACAAAAAAAAUAAAAUUAAAUGUAUAAAAAAAAUGAAUACCUGCUGCUGGCUGCAGGAAGAAACUUUCAAAUCUUGUAAAGUAAAGACUUUCUCGUGCAACAUGUUCGUUCAAGACAACAAUAUUGGUGCUUUGUCCUAUUUUUCCAGAAGAUUUCAAUUUUUUUUUCGUGAAACAACAAAAGCUCUCCUCGAGGUGUACGUUUUUUGGAAACGAGCUUUGGAGGACAACACGACACGUUGCUUCAAAAGAUAUGAAGACGUUGCAGACGGACCUAAAGUGAUCAGGAGCACGAAGGCAAACUUUGACUUGGAUGCUUAAUAAAUCAGCAUUAAACUUUAAG